CUUUGCUUCAAAAGAUGAGUGAAAAGAAAUUUUAAGAUUUAACAGAUAAAAGGCAAAGCCUUGAAAAUGAACUCAAGAUUUUAGAAAAGCAGAUUUUUGAUUUGGAAACCAAAUAUUUGGAAGAAACAGCUGCCACAGGAAAUGUAAUAAAAGGAUGGGAAGGUUAUACGACGAUAAAAAGUGGAAAACUCAAUGGGAAUGUUCAAAGAAAGUCUAAAGCCAAUGCGAAUGAUCGUAUUUUCUCUUAAAGCAGCAAAACAUCUCCAUUUGUAAAAUUUAUAUUAAAGUGAGUAUUAAAUUACAGAAACUGUGGCAGAGGAGCCAAAAAGUCCAAAAAGCCCAUAAUUUAGGCCAAGAAGAAUGAAGAAAAAGAAGCAUUAUGGAUAUAAAAAGGAGUACUAUUAAGAAUUAUGCUAGUGACGUUGUAGAGAAUUCUUAGGGUAGUUCUUCAGAGGAUUUUUAAUAGGAUUAAAUAAAAAAAGUCAAAGGAUCAAAGAAAAUAUGA